AUGCAUAGGGAUUGCGGCUAUGCACCUUGGCGGGGCAAGGGCGCACUGCCCCACUGGACCGAUCAGCACGACCCAACUCGUGGGAAGGAAGAUGGGACAAAAAAAGAAAAACAAAAAAGGCGGAAGAGAGAGCAGCGGGGGCGAAAAGAAAACAGAAGAGGCGGGGAAAAAGAAAGGGACGAAACUCAAGGGGAGAAAAGAUGGAGAAGAGAAGUGGAAGAAACGGAAGACCCCGAAUCUAGAAAUAGCGCUAACAGAAGCAAGGGAAAAGAAAGAGAAUAUAAGGGGGAAACAAGGGAAGAUGAAGAAGGGGAAUCGAGCAGCUCUGACAACGAAAGCAGUUCAGCUGAUGAAUCGGAGGAAGAGGAGCAAUCACCCAACUGCAAUGCAAGAACAAAGUUGGAAAGCCUCCAGAAUAGUGUAGCGGCCCUUGAGAAACUCAUGGCUGAGGUGCCAAAUACAAGGGUUGCCAUAAAGCAGGAGGUCGACAACCUAAGAAAUCGGUUGUUCGAUUAUACCGAGGAAGUGGAGGAAAGCAAGGAGAAAGAAGAGGUUCCAAGGAAGUCUGUUUGCACGACAUCCAGAGGUGUGCAGACAAACGUGGAGUCCUUGAAAGCCAAGAAAACGGCGACAAUGGGUGUUCAAGUGGAUCUAGAGAACCCAGAAGCCAUUAAAAGGAGGGUGGACGCCAUCACGGAAAAAAAAUCUUAA